AUGUUCCCUGUGUGUGACAGCACUGCUGUCCCUGCCGUUGCUCAAGCCAGACAUGCAGACAUUAGCCCCAACUUCUCCCGCACAUUUGUCACCGAGUGCUCUGUCUUUAAAUUUCUCACAGGAGCAUCCAGUAGACUAUCACAAGUAGGGGUGAGGGGCGGGCAGGUUGUAGUGGUCGCACCCUCCUUGAGAGCCACGAUCAGAAGGCAAGGUGGUCCCGGGAGCCCUCGCAUCCCCGGCGUUUGUGAAGUGCUGACCAGUUGCCACUGGACACACUGGAAACCCUUCAGGAAAGCAGCAAACCCUUCAGGACAAAGCUUUUAAGACAAAAAUAGAGUUGCAAUCUUGGAGGAACUUGACAAAGAGAAAAGAAAAUUGCCAAUGUAGAACCACUCUUCGGCAAAUCAUCCUGGAGCUAGCGUUGCGCUCUAGAGACCCUGUCUUAGUCGGGACUUCCAGACCGUGCGGAGCCCGCACCCGGCCGCCCAGCAGAAGGCAGCUCCGCAGGCGCCGGUGCGCACGCAUCUGCUUCACACGCGAGGCUCUGCAUUUGGGACGCUUCCUCUUCCCGUUUGACCUCACCUUGACCCAGAAUGA